AUGGCGGCAGAACUAUCGAAACAAGUGGUUGAGGCUCUGAAAAUGGACAUGGAAAUGACCUUUUGGACGAAUUCCACCUGCGUCCUCAGAUGGAUCAAGGGUGCGCCGUCAACAUGGAUAACCUUUGUAGCUAAUAGGGUAGCAAAAAUCCAAGUGCUUACCGAAAAUAAGAUAUGGCGGCAUGUUCCGGGAUUAGAGAAUCCUGCCGAUCUUACCUCACGGGGAAUUAACCCGAAUCAAAUUCAGAACAACGUUCUUUGGUGGGAAGGCCCCGCGUGGCUCAAAGCAGAAAGGGAAUUCUGGCCAGAGCAGCCAGCCGAGUCUAUUACAGAGGAUGUAACCCGAGAAGCUCGUCGUUCGGUUCUGCAUUGCACAAGCCAGCAGGAAGCAUUUAGCUCUUGGUACGUACGGAAAUUUUCGACGUUCACAGCGCUUUUGAGGUGUACUGCACACUUUUGUAGACGUCUGGAUCGUUCCAAAGGAGUGGAGCGAAAUGAACGGAGUGGCUUCUUAAAGGCAUCGGAGCUGAAAUUGGCAGAGCAGAUGUUGAUUCGUUGCGUGCAGAGAGAGGUAUUUGUGAACGAGUGGAAGGCACUCUCGAACAAUUCAGUUGUACAACGGAACUCACCGUUACGCUGGUUUAACCCGGUAAUGUCAGAGGAGAAACUAAUUAGAGUUGGAGGACGACUAGCCAAUUCACUUAGUAACGAGGAAACUAAGCACCCCGUCGUGCUCCCAGCAAGGCAUCCAUUCACAAGGCUUCUUCUUGAGCAUUACCACCAUAAGUUACUACACGCAGGUCCGCAAUUACUGCUUGGUACGAAAUCCAGCAAUUUCAGCGCGGGCGAGGAUGUUGGCUACUUCGAAUAUCACAACCGUAGUAAAUAUCACAAACCACAGCGAACCACCCCUGUCGGUAUUCAACAACAAUUGCUGCAUGGGACGUCAGGGCGGUGCGAUGACAAGCAACUGCAUAAGUGUCACCAGCAUCAGUGCAUCAUCAUCCCGGAGGUUGUUACGGACCGUUUUCGUGAUGUUCCACCUGAGAAGAGCGGAUUUCUUUGGCGCCGGUGGCUUCUAGAGCUGAACAAAACCAGUUAG